AUGUUUUCAAAUUUUUUACUAACAAACAUUGAUGAUAAGGAUAGUGCUAAAGAACUGCAACGAAAUCAGCAAACAAUUGUAGACGAGCUACGCAAACAAUGUAAAAGCUUUAAUAAAGAACGAAUAAUUAGUCAGCUUAAUAAUGGCUAUCAAAUAGAUAGAGCAUUUCAUUUACAUGUACCAAACGAGAUAAAACAUAUUGCACGUAAACAUGGUCUACCAGAAGUAAAAUGGGAUCAAAUCUAUCAAAAUUUAGUAGCUGAAAAUAUUGAUGAUCAUACUAAAAUAUUACUUGCUCAAACAAUAAAAUAUUCUAUUAAAAAUAACACUGCUAGUGUGAAACCUAAAGAACUUCUGGAAGUCUUAAGGAAAAAUAAUGAUGCUCUGGUUAAGUCUGAGUUUGUUUGGGCAUUGAGCUAUCAACUUAGCAACUCUUUUGCUAAAGAUUCUAAAGAGAUAAUAAACGAAAAUUUUAUCGACGAAAUCAAUAGUAUUAUUGAAGGAUCAGAAAAUAAACUCAAUCGAAAUUCUGUAAUAUUUUUAAAUGAUCAACUUCAAAGAUAUUUCUACGGAAAUCAUUUAGACUAUCGAGAAAGUUCUCAUGUACGAAUAAAGACAUCAGUUAAUUAUUCGAAGAAAAUGCCUCAAAAAUUUGUGACGAAAAAUCAACAAACAACUAAAAUUAAAUAUAAAAGUACUCAAUCAGAAGAAUCAGCUGAUAAAUUAAAUUCAGUGAAUGUUUUUAAGAAUUUAAAUAAGAAAAUUAAAAUGAACUCUAACACAGAGAGUCUUCCAACUAUACCUGAUAAGGAUGGAAGUGAUACAUCAAUUUUUCGAGAUACCUAUGACGAAGUUGUGCAUCUUUAUAACAGAAUAAAAAGUGGAAAAACAUUGAAGAGAAAGGAUAAAGACGAAUAUUUACCAUCUAAGUUUAUAGGACCUGGGAAAAAAUGGUGUAGCGAAAAAAUCGCAGACACAGGAAUAAUGGUGGCCAACCCGGUAGUUACGGGUAUAUGGUUGGGUAUAAUGAGUAUAAAAAAAUCCGUUGAAUCACCUACUGUCAGCACUCUAAGAUCGUAUGGAAAGUGUAUAAAUAGAAUCAUGGAGCCACUAUUUGUAGAUAAAAUGAUUGCUGCUAUAUUUCUUGAAAUUUCAAAAAAAAAGAUAUUACACGAAAAUGCGAUAAAACUACUAAUGGAUUGUAUAGAUACUCUCGAUCAAGUAGAAGAAAAAGUUUUAGGUGGAGCUACUAAAAAAACAGAGGCUGCUAAAACUAUUGCAUUAUAUAAUCAGAGCAGAAACGAUACAAAAAUUAUCGAUUUUCUCAGAAGACCGCUAAAAAUGUAUGUAAACGAUCCAGAUAUUGCUGCAAAUGUCGCACGUAAAAUCGAUGUAGAACGCAUCAAAGAUUCUAAAGAAUUAGAGAACAUUCUCUCAUAUGAAGUUAAUCAAAUCAGACUCGCAGCAAUUUCAACUAUUUAUAAUUGUGCUAUCAGAAAUAGUGCAAUCUUAAACGAAGAACGAUUGAAAAAAAUUGAAACAUGUCUAACAGAUAAUGAUAUUGAAUUCAAUCAAUUUGUAAUCAGAAUAUUGGGAACUCUAGGAGAUAGUAAUAUUAUCAAUUAUAAAAGUCUUUUUGAAAAUUGUUUGGCAAACCUAGAAAGACAUGUCAAUAUUGAUGAUUCAAUAAACUACAUACAUCAACAGAGUAAGGACGUGAACAGGUGUAACGAGUUAUUUAAUGAAGACGUUAUCUUAACGAUAAGUGACUUAGUUAGGAAAACUACUUUGAACGAAGAGACGAAAAUAAUUUGCUGUGCUAUUAUUAACAAUUAUCUUGAAUAUAGUUAUAGUAAAGGUUUGAAUGAAGCUCAAUUAGAAAAUUAUGUUGAUCUCAUAAAUGAUCCGCAUUAUAGCAGUGAUUUAAAACUUGAAGCAUUAAGAUCCAUUGUCUUGACUGUCGAGAAAAAACAAAAAUUGUCCGAUUUUCUUAUCGAAGCUCUGAUCAAUAAUAUUAAUCAAAUCGAUGAUAAAUUUGACAAUUUUAUUAUUGUCACACUGGGAAUCGUCUCUGAAAAACAGAUAAUAACAAAGAUUGAUAAACUGUCAAUUAAAUUAUUAGAUGACUGGGUUAUAGUUGGAGAAGGAACUGAUAUUACUUUUGAGAAAAGUUCAAAAGAUACCUCUGAUUGUCAAUCGAUUUCAUCCAUAGUAGCUCAGAUCUUUGUCAAGUCUUUGCAAAACAAUGUAAAAAUCGCCGAGGAAAGUCUUGAAUAUCUCGCUAAGGCACUUAAUAGUAAUGAUAAACAAACACGCAUUUUAUCAGCAAAAUCUCUAUAUUUGACUUUAAAGACUCAUCGUAUUAAAAACAAUGUUUUACUUGAAUUAAGAGAACAUGUAGAAGAUAGAAUACCUGAUGUUUCUGUCUACUCAAUCGUUGUAUAUGCCAAUAGUUUAGCGAAAUUGUCAAAAUUACAACAGCCAAUUAUAAGGAGUCUUAUUGAAUUUUUACCAACAAUUUAUGUAUUCGAAGAUUUACAGCUAGGCGAAGAAAGUUUUGCUGAUGAAGUCAAUCAGAAUAUUUUAUAUGUUUUGUUGAAUGAUGAUAAAAUUGAAAAAUUUAAAGAUAAUGUAUUUCAAAUUUUUGACCAUAUUUUAUUGUUUGAAAAUCAUCAGCAAGCAGACGUAAUCGACAUACUUCGUCGUUAUUCAGCGGCUAGACAUCCUAUACCAGAGAGUACAAUUUUUGCAUUAGAGAAUGUAGUUGAUAUACCAGAAUUUUCUAAUAAAGUUUUAGAAGUAUUUGAAAACAUGAUUAAAAACAAACAAAUCGUCAGUGAUAAAAUUCUUCAUAUUUUUGUCGAUACACUUUAUCUAACUGACAAUGAACAACUAAGAGAGAAAUCUUUUCAAUUACUCGAUACAGCUAAUGAUAAUCAAGAUAUAUCGGAUGAAAUAUUUGAUAUAUUAGAAUUGGAAAGGGCUGCUCUUAAUAUUAAUUCACGUUAUUGGGAUAGUUAUUAUGCUAUUGCUUAUUUACUAACAAAAACAAAAGAAGGUAAAAAACUAACAAUUAAUGGAUUUAUAGAAAUAAAUAAACAAAUCGAUGGGUUGUUUUUACCUGUUGAAAAAAUCUUGAAAGUUUUACAUAAUGUUUCAAUUAAUGGACAAAUAAUACCUAAUGAGUUAGUUGAUAAACUUGUAAAAAAAUUUGAUCCCGCACAAAAACAGUAUUACUUGCUUCAAAUUUUUGAAAGUUUAGUUAAAAACAAUCAAAAUAUUCCAAGUGAACUCUCAUUGAAAUUGGAGAAAGCGUUGGAAUAUAAACAUAUGUAUGAUCAGGUACUUUUCAUUUUUGUUCUUCAAGGACAAAAAGGAGAAAACUUAUCAUCAAACAUCAUUUCAAAAAUUUUAGAUAAAUUUUCAGGUCUAGAUAAUUCAUUGAUCAUGCAGCAAUACUUAUCUGUUAUUUGUUCAGUAAUUAAAAAAGUAGACUGCUUUGAAUAUGAUUCUAAAAAUUCUUCUUCUUCAAAAACACAUUCUCAAGUGUUCGACAUUAGUUUCAUCGAUCGUGUUCAAUCAGCUUUAAUUCAUGCUCUUGAAACAGGCAAUCAAGACGUUAUUUGUAAAAGUAUCAGUGGAUUUAUCGAACUUGCUUCACUCGGUACAGUUAAAUUACAAGUUAAAAGCAUAGAGGUUCUGUUAAGUCUAGUAGCAAAGACCAUUUGUGAUAAAAGUAUGAAAGAGGAAAUUAACAAAAUAUUAGAUAGUUCUAAACUAGAACAGAAUCAAAAAUGUACACUUGAACUCUGUAAUCUUAAGUAUGACUCGAACGAUCAAUUCCUAGAUAUUUUAGCUACGUUUGAUAAACCUAAAUUACUAGAACAAAAUUUUGAUCAAAUAAAUUCUAUAAUUGAAAAUUGUCCAAAGUUGAAUAGCAAGGCAUUGAACAUUCUAAUGGAGUGUUCGAAUAAGAAAGAUAUUCCAGACAAAUUGUUAAAUAGUAUUGGUGUCUUAUUGGCUAGUACUAAUUCGAAAACGAUCAAUUCAUUAUGUUGUCGAUUAAUACAUGAAAUGACUGAAGCUGGAAGAAAACUGACGGAUGAUAUUAUAUCACUUAUUUUUGUUCAAGAUAAAAACGAAAGACCAUUAGAAAUCUUGAAAAGAAUUUCUAAAAAUCAAACUAUUUCACAGGAAUUGAAAGAUAAAAUAGCACUUUUCUCCAAAAUAGAUCCAACAAUGAGUAUUGAUAUCACGAUUCUUGAUGAAUUUUUAAAUAGUAUACGACAAGAAUUACAGAGAAAUCACACACUUUCUCAUCUAUCAAUUGAAAAACUACUUUUAAUUCCAAUUCCGACGAAUCAUAUAGAAGAAAAUAGCUUCAAUAUAGACGUCGAACAAAAAUUACUCGAUAUCUUUGCUGAAAUAUUAAUAGAAAAUCCUGAUUAUUCUUUAAAUCAAUCGAUUGUUGACAGGCUAGAAAUGGCUCUUUUAUCCAAAAAGAUCGAUAAAAAUAUUCUAGAUGCAUAUAAGGAAGUUAUCAAACGUACACAAUGUCAGACAAAUAACUUUUCUCGUGUAUUCGACGUUUUCAUAGAUAUUUUAGAUGAGAACGGCAGCUAUUUUAAGUAUCAUUUCGACAUACUUGUAUGUCUUGCUUUGGCAUCUGAAGCUAGAACAAUUUCAACAUUAGAACCUUUCGAAAUUAAUCUUUUCAGUGAUGAAGAUAUAAUUCGUAGCUGGUCAUUUCGAGGAUUAAGAGCAGCUUAUGAAAGAGAAUAUCAAUCUUUAGACUUUCAAGAAUGGUGUGAUAAUAUUAUUGAUAAACUGGAAGAAAAAACUAAAUCCGAAGUUCACUUUGAUUUAGACUUAUUCGAAACUAUAACUUCAGUGAAAUAUAUCGACUUUGAGAAAAUUCGUGAUAAGCCACAAGAGCAGUGGAAUAGAGAACUGUUAAUAUUCGAUUUAAUAGAGAGACUCGAAAUAAGUGAAGCAGAGCGUUUCCUUUUUUAUAAAACUUGGCUUGAAAUUGAAGAACUUGAAAAAUUUCAGAAUGGCAAAAGUAACAUAUUAUUGAAAUUAUUACAUCGUAUCCUAUUGAAUAAUACGAUGUCGUUUCAUAAAUUUUAUGGUGUAACAAAAAUUUUAAAUAGAAUUGACUUUGCAAGUGCACAUAAGAUCUUAUCGUAUAGUAAGAAUCCUUGCUUCGAUUUGCAGAAACGGUAUCUGGCAAAGUUGCUCGAUCAACUCUUAUCGGAAAAAGAAAAUAUCAAUAGUAAAUAUAUUGAUGAUCUAGCAGUGAAUAUGAUGUCUAAAUUUGACUUGAACAUUAGUCAUCAACUUUUAAAUGCUUUAGAAAAUAUCGACAGUUUAAGAGAAUUUGAAAAUGUUUUGAAUUUUGCUCAAGAAAACAAUAUCGAAAUAUCUGAUAUCUAUGUUAAAGAGACAACAAUUUCAGUUUUGAAAAGAUCUUUAGAAAUAAAAUUUUUAGGUAAGAAAAUAGUUAAAACUGAUCGUUUGAAAUUAGCUCUGAACAUUGAUAAUUUAUUAGAUAAAAAUUGGACUUUUGAACAAUUAAAUAAAAUUUUUAGUAAACUUAAAACCUCUGAUAACGUAGAGAAAAGAGUAAAAGAAGAGAAAUUUCUGCAUGUUUUAGAAAUAUUAUCGCAAUAUAAAAUUUCUCCUACGCCAGAAAAUCAAGAAAAAAUUUUAUUAGCUCUAGACAAACCACCUGAGAAAUGGUUGCAACAAGUCAAUAGACUUGCAAUUGAAAGUAAUUUUUCCGAAAUAGGUGAAAUAAGAAGUGCAGUAGGAUUAAUAGAAGAAUUAGGAAAUAUCAAUUCUAAUAAUGAAGAUUUGAAAAAUUUCAUGGGGAUAAAUUUACUGGAGGUCGUAGAAAGAAUCAAACGUUCUGAUUUAAUUUCUCAAGUAUUAGACAAUACUAUCAGAGAUCAGUCAAUUUAUAUCACUCAAUGGACAGAAAAACAAAUACGACGGUGGGCAGAUAUAGUAAAAGAGAAUGUCGAUUGCUGGACUAAGAUAAAUGAUUUCACUAUUGAAGCUCUAGCAGUUAUAAAACAAGCGAAUUUAUUGCAUACUGAAUUUAAUCUAACCGAUGCUCAAAUUUUAAGUUGUUUAAUUGCUUUAAAUGCAAAUGUUGAUAAAGGAAGAUUAUUACAAAUAGGAACUGGUGAAGGUAAAUCAACGAUUGUAAGUGUAUUAGCAGUAAUUCAUGCUUUAAAAGGCAAGAAAGUAGAUAUCAUUACGAGUUCACCAGUACUCGCAGAAAGAGAUGCGAAAGAAAAAGCAAAAUUCUAUAAUAUGUUCGACCUUCAAUGUAGUGAUAACAACGAUAAGUCAAUUUAUUUGGCAGGUCCUAAAAAAUGUUACUGGAAAGAUAUUGUGUAUGGUGAAGCAACACAAUUUCAAUUCGAUAUAUUGAGAACAGAGUAUGCACAACUAAAUACUCUAGAUGAUCGAAAAUGUGAAGUAGCUAUAGUUGACGAAGUAGAUAGUAUGUUAAUUGAUGACAGUUCGAAAAUUGCUAGACUCGCAACUAGUAUGGCUGGUAUGGACCAAUUACACAUAAUAUAUCAUGUUUUAUGGAAUCGAAUUGUUUAUCUGCAAGAUAAAAUUAUUGAGAUCAAUGAUAAAAUGUAUUUGUUAUAUGGAAAAGUCGGAUUUGAAGAAGGGAAGAUGAUUCUAGAAUAUGCAGAUGAAAAAGGAAAUAUUAUUAAAAUCUCUGAUCUGAGAACGUAUCUAGCAUCUACAUCCGAUAUAAGUCAUAUGGGACAAUCUAUUCCAGAAAACGAGGAACUUGAUGUAUUUAUAAAGAAAAUUUUAGAUAUUUAUGUCAGAGAGUUAAUUAAAACUAGUAUUAAAAUACCAAAAAAUUUUGUCGAUUUUGUUGAUACACAAAUACCUAAAUGGAUAGAUAAUGCUAUUGUUGCCUUAAAUUAUCAGGAAAAAGUACAUUAUGUUGUACAAGAAGAUUUGAUCAAACCAGUAGAUUAUUAUAGUACAGGAAUUGUGCAAAGUUCUACAAAUUGGAGCGAUGGUUUGCAUCAAUUUCUGCAGAUAAAACAUAAUCUUAAAAUGACAUCGGAGACUUUUACAACAAAUUUUCUAUCGAAUAGAGGAUAUUUCACGAGAUACGGUUCGAAUUUGUUCGGUCUCACUGGAACACUCGGCUCGGAAAAAACAAAACAAGUCUUAGUCGAUGCAUAUAAAGUUGAUCUUGUUAUAAUUCCUAAUUUACGUCGAAAACAAUAUAUUUCAUUGCCUGAUAUGGUAGCCAUGAAUGAAACUGAGUGGCUUGAAGAAGUUUGCUGUUCUGCAAUGAAUGAAUCGAGCAAAGAAAGAGGAAUUCUUAUUAUAUGUGAGACCAUCGAACGUAGCAUAUUAAUAGCAGAAAAACUCAAAGGAGAAUAUCGUUCGAGUGGAAUAAAACUCUAUACAAUGAACAAUAUGAAUCAAGAGAAAAACGUAGAAGCAGUAUAUCCUGGUGAGAUUAUUAUCGCUACUAACCUUGCAGGACGAGGUAUCGAUAUAAAAACUGAUCAAAUUGAGAAAAAUGGUGGUCUUCAUGUUAUUGUAACGUUUAUGCCGUCGAAUAAACGUGUUGAAGAACAAGCAUUCGGUAGAACUGCACGGCAAGGUAAACGAGGCACUGGUCAGAGAAUUUUAAAUGCUGCUAGUUUAACACAUAAUAAAGAUUUUGAUACGCAAAAAAUUACACAGUUAAGAGAUAGAAUUGAAGCAGAAAUGUUAAGCAAUUUUGAAGACUAUGAAUUUAAAGUAAUUACUUUAAAAGAUGAACUCUUCGCCAAAUUUUGUUCUUUAUUAAAUAAAAUACGACAAGACAUUAGAAAAAAAAUGAGGUUAUUUUCUACUAUAAAAAAUGAAGUUAAAAGUGUAUUUACAAAUGUUGCUCCUUCUGUAUAUGAAUCGAAUGUACUUCUUAGUAUUGAAGAACAAUGGGCAAUGUUUUUACGUAAAAUUGAUGAUCAAAAAUCUUCUAUCGACAUUGAAAAAGUUCAUAAAGAAUAUGCAGAAUUUCGUGAAAGAAUCAUUAAAGAUUAUUCUGAUAAUUGUGUUAUUAAAAAUCCAUACUAUCAUAUCGUUAUUGGUAAUGAUUUAGUUAUUAAUGAUUCAUCGUUAAUUAGUAAAUAUAAAGAAGCAAUGAAACAUUUCAAUCGAGCUAUAGAACUUGAUCCAGAUCAUAGUGCAGCUGCUUUUGCUGGAACAGGAUGGUUAUUAUUAAAAGGCAAGAAAAGACUCAUUUUCUCAGAUCAACUAGAUUUAGAUUAUAAAGAAUCAGCUGUCCGAGCAUUUAACAGAGCACUUGAAAUCUUGAGUGAAGAAAUGGCUGUACUAACAUCUAUACAAACACUUCUACAGCACAGAUGUCCCAAUAUGAAUACUGCUCUAUCUAAACAAUUAAUCCAGAAAAUCAAUAUUUUAGGUACUUAUUGUAAUAGUCUAGAAAAUGUUGUAGCUGUUGUUAGAAAGUCUCAAAGGUUAAUUCAAAUAAAAGAAAUAAUCGAUUACCCACGUAGAUCAGUAUAUACCAAUGAAACAGAAGUAGCAAGAAGGAUCAUAUCAUACGAUAGAAUAGAGAAAGAACGAGGCGAAUUGUGUGGUAUCCGUUUGAUAUCACAUGAUCAUGUAGAUAAUGAUAUUAUGGAUGCUAUUCAAAAUCGUAAAGAAAUUGCUCUCAUUAAAGACGACGAAAACCAAUUUACUGUUCUUUAUAAGAAAAAAAAAGAAAAAAGUAGCUUAGGUUCAUGGAAGAUAGAAAAUUACGAGCUAAGGUAUUAUCUUUUAUCUUUGAAUUAUAAUCGAACAAUCCUUGAUAGAAAGGAAUGUUCAAAAAUAUACGUUAUCAUUUAUGAAAACGUUACAAUAAAUAAUGGCUACAUUCGGAGUGAUUUUUCCGUAUUUCUCAAAGAUUUAACGAACGAUAGCAAAUAUGAAAUAACAUUUAAUGAUCUAACUGUCCGACAAGACAGUGGAACUGUCGAUCAAGCGGAAAAUAUUAUCUAUCAGGCAGUAUCCAAACACGUGCUAUAUGGAGCACCAAUCUUAAACAAUAGCGGUAGAUAUAUAAGUGUUAGUAUAACACAAAUUAAUGCAGAAAGAUUGAAAGCGUUUCUAAAUCCUAACAUUGAAAUUAAAGAAGCUACAAGAGAUGUAGCACUCCUACAAUUGAAAGAGAAAAUUUCUUUUUUCCAUCGGCAUUUAUUACCAGAAAAUUGGUCUCUUGAUUUAUGUCCUGUUAAUUUAGAAAUUUUUUUGGACAACAAUAAAAUAGAAAUGAAGUCAAAUCUGCAAGCAAGAGAUGCAAUAGAAAUUCUUAAAAAAAGACAACCAGACGAGAACAUACAAUGUAAUUUGAGUUUCAUAUCUGCGAAUGAAAUAUCAAAAGUUCUUCAAGAAAAAGUAUUAUCUCACUCAAUCCAAACUAUUGAAUUUAUUGGAUUGGAUGGAUAUAAUGUUAAAGAAAAAUUAAGGAAUAUACAGUCUAAUAGUAUUACACUCGAAAUAUCAGAUAGUAAAGACAAAUUAUUAGAGGUUCUUACUUGUUUAGAUCUACAAUAUGUCGAAUUGUAUUCCUAUGACAAAGAAAAGUCGAAUCACCGUAACAUAAGAGAAGUCGUUGAUAAGAUUACAGCAGAGAGGAUAAUUAAAGAAUAUGAAAAAGAUAACACAACUAUUAGAUUAAUUGAUAUACCCAUACAUGAGAUUGAAGAAAUAAUUGACAAAUGCCCGAAUGCAACAUAUAAUAUUAGUUUUAUUCGUAUAAGAAAUUUCGAUAGACUUUUGAAAGGAUUAAAUAAUGAACUAGUCAAUAUUCACUUUGAUGAAUUAGAAUUAGAACCAGCCAUAAAACUUAUUCGACAAAUUAGGAAAGAAAAUCUCGAUUUUAGUUUGGUAUUAAAAAAAUUAACAAAAGGUCAGGCAGAAAGACUUAUGAAAGAAGCUCCAGUAGAACAAGAAAAUAUAGAAAUUAACAAAGUAAAAUCUUUAAAUGAACUAUUCAUGAAUGAAUCAAGACCUC